UGGCCAAGGGAACAAAAUAAGUCACUCCUCACUGCUACUUCUUCUUCUCAACACAAAAGAAAAUUCAUCUGUUCACUUUCUCUUUCUCUUUUCUCAUGAAUGGUUAACGUCAAAAUUAACAUUUUCAUUUCCUUCUCUUCGUUUUUACAGCCAUGCCAUCGCGUCCGCCGCCUCCCUCGCCUCACGCGGCGGUUUCCGCCAUCUCGCACCGUCGAGAGAUGAUUCUCUGCGGGGUAAUCGGCGGGGCGCUCUUCUUAACGGCGCUUAUUGUCUCUGUCACGGUCUUUCUCUACCGGAAACUUUCUUACAACCGAACGGCGCCGUUUGAGCACAACCAGCGACGUUUCUCUUACUCUGUUCUACGCCGCGCGACGAACUCGUUCUCGCCGUCGACGAAGCUCGGGCACGGCGGGUUCGGUUCGGUUCACAAAGCGACUCUGCCUUCCGGCCAGACUGUGGCGUUGAAGGUUAUGGACUCGCCCGGGUCAAUCCAGGGGGAGAGAGAGUUCCACAACGAGUUGACGCUGUGUUCGAAUCUGAGGUCGCCGUUUGUUAUUUCGUUGCUCGGUUUUUCUUCGGACCGGCGCGGUCGGAAGCUGGUUCUGGUUUACGAGCUGAUGCCGAACCGGAGUUUGCAGGAUGCGUUGCUGGACCGGCGGUGUCCGGAGCUGAUGUCUUGGGCGAAGAGGUUUGACAUCGCCGUUUCGGUGGCGAUGGGGUUGGAGUAUUUGCACCACUCGUGUGAGCCUCCGGUGAUUCAUGGGGAUAUAAAGCCGAGUAAUGUGUUGCUGGAUGAGGAUUUUGGAGCGAAGAUUGGGGAUUUUGGGCUUGCUAGGGUUAAGGCGGUGGAGGAUCUGGGAAUGGUGGAGGAGAAGAAGGAAGGGGUUGUUGAAAUUGCGGUCGAGGAGUUUGGGGUGACGGAGGAGGGGGAGAGUGUGAGUGUGGUGGAUGUUGACCGGUCGCCGGAGAGUUGUCCUGUGAGGGCUGUCGAUUACUCGGACGCGUCCCCGGUAGGGGGUGAUAAGUUGAGUGUGGUGUCGGAUGGGUGCUUUGAGAGUGUUGAUAGUGAGAAUGUGAAUUUGAACAAGAAGAAGGGUGGUGGUGGUUCAGGGAGGGAUUGGUGGUGGAGGCAGGAGAGUGGGGCAGGGGGGGAAUCGGGGAGAGUGAAGGAUUAUGUAAUGGAGUGGAUCGGGAGUGAGAUUAAGAAAGAGAGGCCCAAGAGUGAAUGGGUUGAUUCGUGUUCAUCUUCUUCUCCUAAGGUGGAGAACGAGAAUGGGAAUGUUAAUGGGAAUGAGAAAAGUAAAAAGGAGAGGAAGAGGCUGGAUUGGUGGGCGUCUCUCGAUGAGGAGAAGGUUAAGAGUAAGGUGAAGAAGAAUCGGAAGCCGAGGGAGUGGUGGAAGGAGGAGUUUUGUGAGGAGUUGUCUAAUAAGAGUAAGAUGAAGAAGAGAGGUUUGGAGUGGUGGCAGAGGGAGGAGGAAGGGGUGGAGCAGAAGAAGAAGAGGAAGAGUAAGGGGAGUAGAGGGAGUAUUGAUUGGUGGUUGGAUGGGUUGAGUGGGGAGAUAAGGAACAAUGGGAGGAGGAACAGCCAGGAUUGGGGGAUUAGUGGGGAUGUGCCGAAGAGUGGUGGGAUCAGUAGCACUCCUAGUAUGAGGGGGACUGUUUGUUACAUUGCUCCUGAGUAUGGUGGAGGAGGGCAAUUGUCUGAAAAGUGUGAUGUGUACAGUUUUGGGGUUCUGCUUUUGGUUCUGGUGGCGGGGAGGCGGCCGCUGCAGGUGACCGCAUCGCCGAUUUCUGAGUUUGAGAGGGCCAAUUUGAUUUCCUGGGCCAGGCAGCUUGCUCACAAUGGGAGGCUUUUAGAUCUUGUUGACACUUCUAUUCAUUCAUUGGAUAAGGAGCAGGCGCUGCUCUGCAUCACCAUAGCCUUGUUGUGUUUGCAGAGGUGCCCAGGGAAGAGGCCUUCCAUGAAGGAGGUUGUGGGAAUGCUCAAUGGGGAAGCUGAUCCACCACAUUUACCGUUCGAAUUCUCACCGUCACCGCCGUCAAAUUUCCUGUUCAAGGGACGGAAGAAGGCUCGAGACUAAUGCAGAAAUGAAAGGGAGAAAAUAGCGAGUUA